AUACACUGCAUAGCAACGGGAACGCGUCUUCAAAGUGAAUCCCUAACAAACCUAACAGUCAGAAGUGUAGCUAGCUAAUGUUGCUCGGUGAAUAGUUAAUUUUAGUUUAGCUAACGUUAGUCCUUAAACGUUUUAAGGUUUUAGUUUGUAUCACUAUUGCCUUUCUCAUGUGCACAAAUAUGAGAGCCCUGGAGCUGAAAACCGAAGGGUUUACGGUGAAAUCAACAAUGAAGAACUCAGUGGUGGUAGGACCGCCGGCAGCGGGGGCCUUCCGGGAGAGGCCGGCCAAGCCCACGGCGUUCCGCAAGUUCUACGAGCGAGGAGACUUCCCCAUCGCUCUGGAGCAUGACACCAAGGGCAACCGCAUCGCAUGGAAGGUGGAGAUCGAGAAGCUCGACUACCACCACUACCUGCCCUUGUUCUACGACGGACUGUGUGAGACGGUGCACCCCUAUGAGUUCUUCGCCCGCCAGGGUGUCCACGACAUGCUGGAGCACGGGGGCACCAAGAUCCUACCCGUCAUCCCCCAACUCAUCAUCCCCAUCAAGAAUGCCUUGAACACGCGGAACAGGCAGGUGAUCUGCACCACGCUGAAGGUGCUGCAGCACCUGGUGGUGUCUGGAGACAUGGUGGGAGAGGCCCUGGUACCCUACUACAGACAGAUCCUGCCCAUCCUCAACAUCUUCAAGAACAUGAACAUCAACUCGGGGGACGGCAUUGACUACAGCCAGCAGAAGAGGGAGAACAUCGGAGACCUGAUCCAGGAGACCCUGGAGGUGUUUGAACGCUACGGGGCUGAGGACGCCUUCAUCAACAUCAAAUACAUGGUGCCCACCUACGAGUCCUGCAUGCUCAACUAAAUGGAUGGACACCGCCGCAAAGACCCAACAUCACUAACUCACCCCCAAUACUUCCUUCCCCUCCCCAAUUCAACUUAACUUGAGCCAACCUCUCUCUACACUACCUUUGUGACCCAUUAAAUUCCUAACCGCAAGUCAUUAUUCUUUUUCACCUGUCUGUGUAAUUUGGGAAUGUGCACUGUAUAUUUCUACAACUGUCAUACACUUCUUUGUCAGUUCUUUGUCACUUCUCUUGUGAGCGGGGUUCAAAUGCAAAAACAGAACAAAAGAACACUCACUCUAUUUAAUUCUCAUUAAAAGCAAUAUUGUCAGA